CAGACACGACCAAGCCACUGCUACGCCUGCUGUCGCCAACAGAUGUCAUCAAAUUCACACUGAAUGAGAAGGCAGAGUUGCCGGACUUGAUGGGCGUACCUGUGGAGGAGAUGUUAGAGACAGAGGCCUAUGCACUCGCCCCCACCACAGCACCCCUAGUAGAGGUAUUCCAUGAUCUCGAGGAGAGUGCUAUGGACGCCAUUGGGCUGACCGAUGCGUCGGGGGCGUUGGUGGCGCAGUUGUCUGUGGCCGAUGUCAUUCGCUUUGCCGAUCAGAUCUUUGACAACGACUGUGGCACGGUGUCGUUUGAUGAGCGCGAGAGUGUGCAGCAGUUGUUCGAUCGCCUGGGCCAACGGUUGCAUGACCCUGUGUGUGUGCGGAGGGGUGAGACGUUUGGGGAUUGCAUUGCAAAGAUGAUUGCGGCCUCGACCCAUAGGGUGUGGAUGGUAGACGACAAGGACGGACUAGUGGGGGUCAUCCGACAGCAGGAUGUCUUGAAUGCCAUCGCCAACUAUCUGGGUCUCUAACGCGAGCACAUAUUGAUAUAAAACAAAUAAUUAAGCACUAUACGGAAGAAAUGCUUUAGAUUCACACACUUAUGUUAUGGUCCAGAUAGUAGAAUUCACCGAUAGCGAGGAUGAACGUGGAGUGUGUAUACGUGCACUGCCCUGCACGCCAUUUUGAUAGGUGCG